AUGCCUUUUUCUGCCACUCUUGCCAGUAAUAGCAAUGAUGACACUAUCAACACUGCUCCGGGUAAAAGACGACGACGCAUGAGCGAUAGCCAUCUGCUGCACCGUAUCAGCAGCAAACAGCCACGCUAUGCAACACCUGUCAUUUCUGCGGCAACACGAAGGUCAUCCUCACCAGCGCCGCCACCGCCGCCGCUCGUAGAGCCACUCUCACCCAUAACAACCAACACUAACAACAAUGAUGCCAUGCCGGAUAAACGCAAUAACACUGUGCUUGCCGAAUCCUUAAUAAAGGUCACGCCAGAAAAGGAGACUGAGCAGAUGAAGCGAUCACAGGACAUGCUUGAGUUUCUGCGCGAAAAACGACUGGAACGGGAGCAGCUGUUGAUUGAACAAGAACGAACACGAAGGAUCCGCGCCAAAGCCGAGCUGGUCAAGAAUCUUAUGGAGGCUGGAUUCACUAAACAAGAGAUUGCUGAACAACUUCAAUUCCUUUAA